AUUCAACUAUUUGACGAUUCCUUCACUUACGCUGGUGUCCUUGUUUUCUCCUUUUUCUGGUCGUUCAGAUCUUCCUUCGAUUUCAUUCCUCUAGUGAGAAUCCUCGCGCCAUACAUCAUCGAACCAACGACGCACCACCAUGAGCAACGUGAGCGGAUUCUCCGGAAUAGUAGGUCCUGGAGCCCACCGUCCAGGCGAGCCCGCCUCAGGUGGAGGAGGUAACGCGGCGCCUCCUAGCACAGGAUUCUGGGGGACUAAUCCUGCGUGGGGAACCGCUUGGGGCUGCCCAAACGGUGCUGAUAGCGGUGGUGGCGGCGUAUCUGGGCCAGGUGCUUAUGGCGAACCCCCCGUUAGUGGAACGCCUGUGAAUGUAUCGCAAUCCGCUCCUCUCUCGGCUGGGUUUCACGAGUGCUACGUGCAGAGUCGCGUGGAGGCACCGCACGUGAAGCGACUGCUCCUGUUGCGCAUCCUGACGUUUAUCUUAAGCCUGCUUUGCAUCAGCGUGCUAGUGGGCGCACCAACGGGGCAGUACAGAUUCACGUUCUUCGUCGCCUACUCGCUGCUCUUCGCCAUGGCGUCCAUCGCCAUGCUCUACUCCUUCCUCCUCGUCCUCUUCUCCUGUGCUUGGAUCUUUCGCGCGCGCCAUGCGUGGGGGCGAUUCAUGACUGGAGCGCAGAUGAUCAUGGACUUUCUACUGGCUCUCCUGCUGUUUGCAGCGGCCACAACAGCAGCUUGCCAGACGGGUCAGAACUCGCAAGGGGUGACCAUCAUGGGACGGCGCCAACUUGUCAGCCUUUGCUCCAGUGCUGAUGUUCUGGGAUUUGGAUCGAACCACUUUUGUGGCUACAUGCAAGGGGCGACUGCUUUGGGGUAUCUUGCGUUCUUCACUUUGUUACCUCUGUAUUGGAUGAACCGGCGAGCAUGGUACAAGAGUUUCUGAGUGGGUCGUAUGGCACAACCUUGCUUGUAUAAGUAGAAGAGUUCCAAGCCACUAUGCACCUCUUGUUCAUAUGGCGUGCACUGCUUCUUCCUAAACUGUAGUAGUAUUCACGCAGCAUGAAACAUCAGUUCUUACUUUUGCCUAUUAU